GCCACGUGGCGAGCCACUGUUGAAGUCAUGGCCUUUCCCGACUCAAUGAGACGUCGUCGUUUAAAAAAGGAGUAUUUUCUUUGCCGCGACACACUCUCUCGUUUCCUCUACACAACCUAGGGUUUUAUUUGUCCACGCCUCUCUGUAGAACAAGUGUAAAACCCUAAAAUCAAGCCCUCUCUCUCUCUCUCUCUCUCUCUCUCUACAAUGUCGGACUACCUACCUAACAAGGUACUGAUUGAAAUCCUCUCAAGACUCCCUGUGAUCUCUCUCCUCCGAUUCAGGUGCGUAUGCAAAUCAUGGCGCUCUCUCAUCUCCACCCCCUCUUUCAUCACUUCCCACCUCAAUCACUCCACCACCACCUUCAACUUGAUUCUUCUUCGCCACUACUCUCACCGCAAAGAGCGCUUCUCACUCCACUUCAACAACCACACUUUCCCCAAAUUCCUAGACCUCAAAUGCCCAUCUUCGACUCGCUUCAAAUACUACUUCAGAAUUGUUGGGUCCUGUAAUGGGUUGCUCUGUCUCACCGACGAUUGCUUCGGUUACACUAAUACCAUCAUUCUUUGGAACCCUUCGAUUCACCGCUCUCUCACCCUUCCUGUGCCCCGUGUUACCUCUAAAUCAACUUCCCCUUUUAUGUGUGUUCAUGGGUUUGGCCUUGAUUUGAUUAAAAAUGACUUCAAGGUUGUCAGGAUUUCGUAUUUGGGAUCAGAAAAUGGGUUUAAGGUUCCUCCUCAAGUCGAAAUUUAUGUCCUCGGCAAUCGUUCUUGGAGGGAUUUUGAUGGUGUUGUGCCGCGUUUUGGCAUGGUUAAUUACUUUUGGUCACAAGCUUAUUUGAAUGGGAAGGUUCAUUGGGUUUCUUACAAGCUUAUUGACCCGGUUACUCGUGGUUGUUUUGUUCUGUUUUUUGAUUUGGGUAAUGAAGUCUUUGGGGAGAUUGAGUUGCCACUGAGUCUGGUUCAUCAGUUUCCUAGGAACAUGUUGACUGCUAUAGUGGGUGAAUCGCUUUCGGUGCUACAGUAUGAUUCGCCGAUAUACAGUAAGAGUUGUACGGUGUGGGUUAUGAAAGAAUAUGGGGUGGUGGGGUCUUGGAGUAAGCAAUAUACAAUUGAUCUUGAUGAAAGAUUGGUGUUGAUGCUUGGCUUGAGAAAGAACGGUGAAAUGCUGUUGGGAAUGGGUAGAGAGCUGGUCUCAUAUGACUUUGAGAGCCAAGAAAUCACAAACCUUGGAGUCCGUGGCAGCAAAGAUGCAUUUUGGGUGGAUAAUUACACGGAGAGUCUAGUUUUACUCGAGGAAGGAACUCAAGUUGUGGAUGGUCGCUCGACAAAUUCUUCUGAUGCAGUUAAUAGUGAGGGAGAACCAGCUUUGCCAGAGGAAGAUGAUGGACCUGAGGAGAGUCUAGUUGAACAACGUGCAUACUUCAUGCAAACAGUUAUGCUUAAUACGUUUGAAGCUUGUCUUUAGGUUUGCUGAGUACCUUCUUCUAGUUAAAUACAUGCUAUUUUCUUAGGAAGUUAAAAUGUUUCUUAGUAUCUUGUUUGGAUGCUAAUAUCUUGCUUUUGCUGUGGCUUACUAAAAAAAUCAAGGUAAUGGGUUGCCUCUGCUGACUGUUUAGUUCA